ACUUCACGAAUCGAAAAAUUAAUUGGAUGAUUUUUUGUUUAAUCCAGUACCCUAUUAUAUAUUUUGUGCCAGUACCAGUGCAAUUUGUGGUUCAGUGUUCAGUUCAGUUGUUUCUUGACACCAAUUUUGUUAUUUUUGUUUAUAUUCAUAAAUUAGGUUAUUUAGGUUAUAACACUGACUUAAGUACAGUUUAUAUUUAUCAGGAUCAGUAUUUAUCGGUCUGUUAUAUAUAUAUUUAAAUGUGUAUGAUAUAGAGAAUAGAGUUUGUGUUUAUAUAAUUAUUAUUAUUAUAAGUGUAAUUUACAGUUUUGUAUGUGUGAAAAAAUGGCUUACAACUACAAUAUGAGAUUAAUGCAAAGAAAUGAAAAAUCACCCGGAAAAUAUAAACAGAAACUGUUACUGUUGAAACAGAUGAUUAGGGAAUAUGUGCAUGAAAAUGCAGCAUUGGUGGAUGAAUUGGAGGAAGUACAAAUAAAUAUUAUUAUUAGAAAAGAAGAAAGGAAAUUUUUGUUGAGAAAAUUAUGUGAAUAUGAGCCACAAAUAGCUUUGGAAGUUCAGAAUACUGCAAAAGAUGGGCCCCUUUCUCGUACAAAUAAUAUCGACAGUAAAAAGACUAAAAAGAAACUUCAUUUAGAGUCUAUAGAAAGAAGAUCAUCUUUAAUGAAAUCUCGUAAAAAUCCUUCAAAAAACAAAAAGAAAAUUGUUCAACCAAUACCCGUUGAUAAUAAUGGAAGACCCAUUUUUCCAAUCGAGUUAGGACGUUUAACAGUGCACUCGCUGGGUGAAGUAGUAUCUGAUAGAAUGGAGUUUCAUUCUGAGGAUGCCAUUUACCCUGUGGGAUACGUUUCUACAAGAUUUUAUGGCAGUUUGAAAGAUCCUACACAGAAGUGCAUGUACACCUGUAAAAUUUCAGAUGUGAAUGAUUCACCGAGAUUUGAAAUAGCUUCGGAUGACAACUGUCCGCCGAUAAUCGGUGACACACCUGAUGUAUGUCAUUCCCUACUCCUGCAAAAAAUCAACGAUGCUUUGUCUCUGCAUGUCGUCAGUACCCGACCACAUGGCAACGAUUUCUUUGGUUUGACCCAUCCUAUAGUCUUACAUCUCCUCCAGAGUUCCCCGGGAACCAGGAAAUGCAUUUACUACAAAUGGACUAAGUUUGAGGUCUCCAAAAAUGCCGAACCUUGCUCGGAAGAUAACGAUGCGGGUUUGAGCUAUGAACACCUACAGCGUUGCAUCAGUUUUUGUAAAUAUAAGAUGGCUCCAGAUGUUUUGCAGAAACCUGAUGAAUACGGAGAUGGUAAAGAUAGUGGGCACAUGUUUUAAGAUAACUUGUAUUUAUUAUAGUAACUGCUGUCUUAGAAAUAAAUAUAUACUGAUUUUUUUUAUCUCAGAAAUAUACAAGUGGUCAAAUA